AUGUCAGGCAUGUUCAUGAUCCCAGGGUGGCUGCAGGAUCCCAGUGACUUGCAUAAACAGCAGGAUACGAAAGAGCGGGGAGUCGCAAACAUCAAUGAAACUCUUAAAAAGUCGCGGGAUCCGGGCCGAUUGAUCCAGGAUAUCAAAGUUCUGUUGCAAGGCUGGUUAAAGGAAUUUGCAUAUGAGAUUCUCAUCGAAACCCUCGGCACACAGGACACAAGUUAG